CCCGGCUCCCUCCCUCUCUCUCUCUCUCUCUCUCUCUCCCUCUCCCUGCUCCAGCACUGCAGUGCUGGUUGUGAUUGCACACACACGCGCGCGCGCGCACCCACCCUCACACAAGAGGAGCGUAGCUGAGAGCCAAGGACUGCAGCAGCAUGCACCAGCCGCGUCUGAUCUGUGUGGGGGACACGAGGAGAGGGAACUGGAAGAGGAUCUAGGAUCGCACAGCUUACACAACCGCUACGAGAGCGUCUCUGCAGCAGUGGCAACGGUGCAUUUCGAGACCGGACAGCCUAUGUUCUCUGCCCCCCCCCCCCUCCACCACCCCCCCUCUGCACUGCCUCUGCAUCCCAUUCAACCUACUCCUCCCACUCCACCUCCUCCUCUUGACCACGGCAUCAUUAGGCAAGAUCACGGAUUGUCCCGGACCACUGGACGCUCUGGUUUCGCCUCUGGCUCAAACCGUCUGGCCGUUCGACAUCCACACAUCGGUCAACAGCUGGAUUCUAAUCUGAGGGACAGAGAAUGACCAAAGCCGAAGCGAGCCUCGGAUGUCUGUGACGCUUUCUGCCGGUGUUGUCAUUGGAGCGUUUCCUUUAUUUGGUUGGCUGUUUUUGCCUUUUUCUGAGACUGUCGAGCAGGCACUGCAGCAUCAGGACUGCAGGAGCCGUGAAGCAGUAGGACAUGAGGACCUAGGGGCAAUCCAGCGGAAGGGCUUGAGCUACCGUCGCUGCCACUGUUGGUGCUGAGCUGAGCGAUUGGGGACAGCGGGUGGAAGAGAAGAUGCUUAUGGCCCGUGACACGGCGCGGGACGAGGCCCAGCGCCUUCACAGGAAGUGGCUGAAGCACCAGGCCUUCAUGGCAGAGCUGGCCCGCAACAAAGAAUGGCUGGCCAAGAUCGAGCAGGAGGGUCAGGAGCUGAUCCUGGAGAAGCCGGAGCUGAGGUCGGUGGUGCAGUUGAAGCUGGAGGAGAUCCGGGAGUGCUGGUCCGACCUGGAGAGCACCACCAAGGCCAAGGCCCGGCAGCUGUUCGAGAACAACAAGCCCGAGCCGGCGGUGAAGAGCUACACGGACCUGGACACCCAGCUCUCCCACCUGGAGCAGCAGCCCCCACAACUGGAGCAGGCACAUCACCUGCCCACCUUCAACGAGCAGCUCCAGAAAUUCCAGACUAUGGAGUCCCAGAUAGGGGACUUUUAUAAGGACGUCGGGGACCUGGGAGGCUUUCAGGGGGUAAGCCUCCCCCAGCGAGGCCUCACGAUGGCCGACGGAGAAGGGGGCGAGCAGUCAGGCGUGGUGGAGACGCGCAUCGUCCGCCUCAUCGAGCCCCUCAAGGAGAGGCGCCGCAUCCUGCUGGCUUCCAAGGAGAUGCACCAGGUCGCCCAGGACCUGGAGGAUGAGAUCCUGUGGAUCCAAGAGAGAAUUCCCCUGGCUUCCUCUAAGGAUUAUGGGAACAACCUUCAGAGUGCACAGCAGCAUGUGAAGAAGAACCAGACGCUCCAACGGGAGCUUCAAGGACGCAGGGCGCGCGUGGAGGAGGUGCUGGACCGGGCGGGCAUCAUCGCCUCGCUACGGACCCCCGAGGUGGACUUUGUGCGCGACGGGGCGGGGCACGUGCGCCAGCUGUGGGAGGUGCUGCGCCUGGAGGCGGAGAGGCGGUCGGUGUUGCUGGACGCCGUGCUGCAGGCGCAGCAGUACUACAGCGAGGCGGCCAAGGUGGAGUCCUCGUUGGCGGUGCAGAAACUGCGUCUCAUCAACGAGGACAAAGGCACGGACGAGGCGAGCACCCUGCAGCUUCUGAAAGAGCACCUUUCUCUGGAGCACACGGUGGAGAACUACGCCGAGGCGGUGGGCGGCCUCUCACAGCAGUGCCAGCGACUUCUGGAGCUCGGACACCCUGAUAGUGAGCAGAUCACCAAGCAACAGGCCCACAUAGACCGGCUUUACGUGUCUCUGAAGGACAUGAUGGAGCAGAGGAAGACCAAGCUGGAGCAGCAGUACUGGCUCUUCCAGCUCAACAGGGAGGUGGAGGAUCUGGAGAAGUGGAUCACGGAGCGCGAGGCGGUGGCCAGCUCCACUGAGCUGGGGGACGACCUUGAGCAUGUCACGAUGCUGCAGGAGAAGUUCAUCAAGUUUUCCUCCGAGACCAACGCCCUGGGCCAGCAGCGGAUGGAAUCGGUGAACAAGAUGGUGAACGAGAUGAUCGACUGCGGCCACGCGGACGCCGCUACCAUCGCCGAGUGGAAGGACGGGCUGAACGAGUCCUGGGCCGACCUUUUGGAGUUGAUGGAGACUCGUGGACAGAUGCUGGCUGCCUCGCACCAGCUUCACAAGUUCUUCACUGACUGCAAAGAGGUCUUGGCUCAGAUCGCAGGAAAGAGGAGGCAACUGCCAGAGGUGAGGGCAUGCCAAGCCAGCAUCGCUAACCCCGCCACGCUGCAGCGGCUCAUGCACUCCUUUGAGCACGCCCUCCAGCUGUUAGUUUCCCAGGUGAGGCAUCUGCAAGAGAACGCUGCCCAGUUGAGGACCAUCUACGCUGGGGAGAAGGCCGAGGCCAUCAUGACCAAGGAGCAGGAAGUGAUGCUGGCUUGGAAGGAGCUGCUGGUGUCCUGCGAGGCGAGUCGCGUGCACGUGACCUCGGUGACGGACAAGGUGCAGUUUUUCUCAGUGGUUCGAGAGCACCUGAUGUGGAUGGAAGGCAUCAGUGGCCAGAUUGGAGGAGAUGACGCCAGAGAUGCUGCCGCUCUCGAGGGGAUGGUCAAACAGCACCAGGAGCUGAAAGCCAAGAUGGACGGCCGCAGCAAGACCAUUCAGCAGUGUGCGGAUCUGGGCAAGAUACUGCUGGCCGCGGGCAACCCUGCAGCCGACGAGGUCAGGCUAACAUACAACACAUAUUGUAUGCAGCCAAACCACAGUUUAUCCACGAUAAAAGAGAAGUUGGACAGCCUCCUGGCGAAGCAGAAGGAGCUCGCUGAGAAAUGGGACAAACAUCAGGAGAAGCUUCAGUGCAAGCAGGAAAUGUUCCAGUUUGCCCAGGAGACGGUGAAGGCAGAGGCCUGGCUGAAGGCCAAGGAGCCCCUCAUCACUUCCAGGGAGGCCGGAGGGGGAGAGGCCCAGGCCCAGACGGAUGAAGUGGAGCAGCUCAUCCUCCGCCAUGAGGCCUUUCGCAAGGCUGCGGUCACAUGGAAGGAGCGCUUCAGCUCCCUGCGACAGCUCUCCAAUGCUGAGAAGAAGAAGGAAGAACUGAUCAGGCCCACCCCGCUGUCCAGCCGAAGGAUGUUCCCCUCAUCCUGUCUCACUCCAAUUGUAGCCCCUGCUACCUCAUCCCUGCUGAGGCAGACAGUUCAGGUACAUAUUGAACCCAGGCCCAAGCAGUCCAGUCUGGAACUAGUUGCUUCCCCUGCAGCCUCGAGAUUGGGUCCAACCAUGGCCAGCUACUCCCCAGUCAUGAACGGAUCAGGUUACCAUGGACUGGACCAUCAGAGCACUGGUGGGGUGGAUAGUUCCAGUUACCUUGGUAUCACACAUCAGGCUGGAGGAGGGGGAGACAGUCCCAGCUACCUUGGACUGAACCAACCGAGCGCCGGAGGGGUAGAUGGCUCAAGUUUCCUCGGGAUGAACCAGCAGACUGGGGGAGCUGUGGAGAGUUCCGGUUAUCUUGGACUGAACCAUCAAAGCAGUGGAGGCAUUAGCAGUUCGGGCCACCUGGCACAAAUUCCUCCAAGUAGUGGAGGUAUGGGUAGUUCAAGCUACCUGGCACAGCAUCAAAGUAGUGGGGGAUUGGGUAGUACAGGCUACCUUGUACAAAAUUAUCAGAGUGGUGGGGGUAUGGGGAGUUCCAGCUAUCUGGCGCAGAUACCGAAUAGCGGAGGAAUGGGUAGCUCUGGAUACCUAGCGCAAAAUCAGAGUGGUGGAGGAAUGGGAAGCUCUGGAUACCUAGCGCAAAAUCAGAGUGGUGGAGGAAUGGGUAGUUCUGGAUACCUAGCGCAAAAUCAGAGUGGUGGAGGAAUGGGUAGCUCGGGCUAUAUAGCUCAAAACUACCAGAGCAGUGGUGGCAUAGGCAGUUCAGGCUACAUUGCGCAAAAUCAUUAUGGCAGUGGUAGUCCUGGCUACCUACCUCCAAGUGGUGGGGUCAUGGACCCCAAGAUGGCGUACGCGUGGCAGCAUCUAAAGGCUGAUUGCAUGCAGCCCCGGAUAAAUCACAUCCACAAGGCCGUGAAUCCCCUCCUGGAGGCCAGCAGGGCGCAGAGAGAACAGUUCGGGGACAUCCCCAUGAUGGACAUGAUUGGGCCGGAGUCGAGCCUCGAGCUCCUCCACGGCAGGCUCCAGAGGGACCCACGCGGCAGCCGCUCCGACCCCCAGAUGGACCACCUGAGGCGGGAGAGGGAGUACAAGCUGGGCCGCCAGACCUCCAGCGAGCAGGAGAUCCAGGCGCGUCUGAACGAGCUGCCCCUGAUCGUGCGCCAGGAGCGCUACCGGAGGCGCCUGGAGAGGCAGUCGUCGAGCGAGCAGGAGGGGAGCGGGAAGCAGAGGCUGCAGAGGCAGGACUCGAGCGAUCUGGAGUCGGCCAAGGAAGGCUCGGACAAACGUUCAGGAGAGAAGAGAUCCACCAUGGCAGAGAUUGUAGAGCAAAUCCAAGAAAGGGAGGCAGCACAAGCUCGAGGGGAGCCGUUAAGACCGUCCAGCAGCCUCUCAGCCCCCGUGACCCGCUACGAGCGCCCUCGCGCCCGAGACCGACCCAAACCCCGGAGGAGACCCCGUCCGAAGGAGCCCGAGGAGACAAGGCGUUCCCGCUCAGCCCCGGCCCAAAGUGCCCAGGCGGCCAACCAGCCGCCCUCGCACACUGCCCACAAUGAAGGCUUCCUUUACCGCAAACACGACUUUGAGGGCCAAGAAAGGAGUCCGAACAGUAAGACCUGGAUGAACCUGUAUUGCGUGUUAUCCAAGGGAGAGAUUGUGUUCUACAAGGACGCAAAGAACACCACCACACCUUACAACGGGGAGGCUCCACUCGACUUGAGCCUCUGCACAUGUGACAUCACUAACGGAUACAAGAAGAAGAAAUAUGUCUUCAUUCUCAAAAAGAAUGAUGGAAAUGACUAUAUAUUCCACGCUAAGGAUGAGGAGGACCUGAAAGCGUGGAUAAACAACAUCACCACCAGUAUAACCGAACACGAGGAGAUCGCCAAGUGGGAGAAGCCCACCACCUCGUCAACGGAUCCUGACCGCUCGGAAAGGAAGGAGAAAUCUGAGGGCGACGCCGACGCCAGGUCAGAGAGAUCUGAGCUGGGAGUGGAGGAGGAGGAGAGGUCCGAGAAGGAGAGGUCAGAGAAAGCCGAGGGCUCCGAAAAGGCAGAUACGUCCGACAGGGGGGAAAGAGGAGAGGGGGGGGCGGGGGGCUCUAGCACGUCAGGGAAGAGCAAAUGAGCAGAUUUUUUUGGAGUGGAGGACAGCUUCCAUCCGUCUGUCCGAACCCAUUCUAACUUUACCCUGUGACUCCGGAAAGCGGAGAGCGGGAGAGAUGGAGGGAGAGUGUGUACAGGUAUGUGCAUGUCUUCUCUCGGUCUAUCCAUGUUGCUGAGCUGUGGCUUCCUGGGACUGCCUGUUAUAACUGUGACAGACCACUAGUUCAGCCCUUCCCCCUCACCUAGGCGAUAUACAUCAUUAUGCCCCCUGCUGGUAGGUUGGAGGAUGGCCAGAGAUGGACCAGCGCCACCAUGUGGUCAUUGGAAUUAGUAAAAGUCACUUAUUUAUUGAUUCACAGCAUCUUUACAUAUAUACAGUAUAUAUAUAUAUAUGUAUAUAUACAUAUAUAUAUACAGAUGUAUAUACACCUAUGACGGAUAAUGUAAUGCUCUGUCUAGAAAACCCAAGCAGUGGUGAAUGAAAUGCCUCACACAAUUUAAAAAAAGAAGCUUUUUUUCUGAAGCAAUAUACUUUUUUAUUUAUUCUCUUUGUUUGAGAGAGAGAGAAAGGAAACGAGAACAAGUUGUAAAUUAUAUGAUUUGUCACCUUCAUCAUAGCUUGCAGUUCUACACUUUCAAACCUAUCUGUGUAUGCUAAUCAUGUUGAUAUUUUUAAAAAAAGUCACACAGCUAGUUCUUAUCCAUGAUGUCAUAAUGGAAUGCUAAUACUACUCAGUUGAAUUAAUGGAAAUAAAUCAACACAUGUUUCUCUUCAUAUUUUUGGGAUUAAUGGCCAUCUGGCCCAGGUCAGGAGAACAGAUUUAACCAAUGUCUCUAACCUCAGAAAUACUCUAACCCCAGAGCUAUUUAAGAAUGCUCAACAACACUUGUCGUUUUAGGCCUGUGUGUACAUCACACUUAUUAUAUCAGAAGAGCCUGGCAUGAUAUAGUCUAGUAUAGUGCACCUUUUACACGUAUGCCUUCAUGUCGUGAGACGAUGGACAGUCUUGAAUUUGGACUGUAAUAUUAAAAUGGGAGAGAGGCAUUUUUCCGGGGUCUUUGCUUUAUCUCUGCAGUAAACAUGACAACCAGAGGGUGUAUGAGUAAAGUUUGAUCUGAAAGACAAAUUUAAACACUAUUCUUGUGUGUUUUUUUUAAUAAUAUAAUUGCAAUAUAUUUUAUAUGGGUGGUUUAGAAAAGUGAGAAUAUAGUUUGACAAAAAUGAGUUCACCAAAAAUCUGACAAUGACUACUUCUCCAUCCCAUUCUUUUUCGUUUGAAGACUAAACCAAUUGGACUUCAUUUAGAGGAGGGUUUAUGUAAAAAUAUUCAUGAUCCAGCUAUUGAAUCUUUGUAUGUAUACAAUACCAAUUCAUCAUAAUUAUGCUCUGAUGGAAAAUGGAAAGGUUAUCUGGACUUAAUUGGGUUAAGAUUUAAAUAUUAGUAUUAAAAAUGAAAAUGAAAUUCACAAUAUUACUGUUUAUACCAUUAAAAUAAAUAUGCAAAUUAGGAGUGACUAUUAAAAGUUUGUGUAUAUACAUACACCAGUAUCAAGUGACAUUUUACACAUGUUUAACAAAGAAAGGCAAUGCAAUUCAUACUGUUGGUAUGCUUUAUUUAUGUGCUUUUUUUCUCACACAGGUUUCCUAGCCAUUGUGCAGGAUUUGUUUUCCUAUAAUUCCCUUGGUCCUGUUAUACAACUACUUUUUACAGUUUUGUGAGUAGUGUAUUGUAUUUCCCUUCCGUUUGCUAACCAACAAACUCCAAUAAUGACAAACAUGAUCUAGGUAGUAUGAAUAUGGAAAUGAUGGAAUGUGUAAUGCAAAACAACAUUGAAUGAUACUUUUAGUCAGUGACCAUGAAUGUGACAACAGCAAUCCACGUUAUAUUGUGUGCUUCAGCCUAAGCUGACUGAAAUGGUUAAAGAGACCAUUCCACACCAUAUUGCUCCAUGUUAACGUAAAGAGGUACAGAAAAUGUAUUUUCAAUCAGCUAUUUGUAUUGUCCUUUUGCUGAAUGUACGUCCUUCCAGAAUGAAGUCUUACUUGACAGUACAUUUGUAUUACUGUAUGGCCUGUAAAGAGAAAUAUACUUAUUUGCCAUUGCUGUUAAUUAUCCAACACCACCAUUAAAGUACUUCUCUAACUACAAGAUCAGAACAACAACAUUACAUCAAAAAAUACAAAAUAAUUUAUUGUUUGAUUAGGCAUAGACUUACUGUAAACAUAAAGCAGCAUUACGCUCUGGACUUCCAGACUGGGUUAGAAGACAUUUAGUGAUUUUGUGUUUUAUUUUAUGAGAUACAGUGUGACAAUGUACCUUUAGAAUACCUACAUUAUACCUUGCUGCUAUGACAUUGUUUCUCUGUGUAAACCUUAAUUUCUGAUGCAAAUUUGACCUAAAAGUUAAUGUAUAUGACACAGACUCAUCUACAUCUACGGAUUUGUGGAAAACUGAUGUAUUCUAGAUAGUAAUACAUACUAUGGGAGACUCGUCCUGGUGUUGAAUUCACUGUCUUAACCUGUUUUUAGUGUCUCAAAAAUCUGAAGUGCUUGACAUGAGCAAGACAAUGUGAGUGAUUCAUGUGUUGCUUAGUUGAUCUCUGCUUUCAUUACAACGCUUGCGUGAUCAUAAGUUAGCAUUGUUGAUUAUCUGUGGUAGGAAUUAGAAAUCAUGAACCAUCUGACCAGCUCCAAGUGCUCCAAUUCCAAUUUCUAAGCUUUGGUGCUUUUAUCAAAUGGGAUACAUUUUACGAGUCACAAUUCAGGUGUUACAAUCCAAUAUAAAACAGGCAUGAUGACAUCAUUAUGCAAACAUGCAUACAGCCUCAAAACAAAAUGGUUCCUUGUAUUUAACGUUUGUUGUCUCCUCUUUGCUUUUUUUAUCAUUUGUAUAAAGAAAAGAAAUGUCUAUGUCUUCCACACCUUAUAAUAUUCAUAAAGCCAUCUUGGAAUGGUAAUGAACUUAAGUUCUGUAAUUAGGGAAGCAAGUCAAUGAUAGACGUCAACUGAAGGGCUGGUCUUUUUAAAAACGGUAUUUCUGUUUAGAGGCUAUAACGCGUAUCAGUAAAGCUCAAAACAUUUUGCUUGUGUACAGUAUGUCGGGACAAAUAAAGUGUUUUUAUGCUGUAUUCUGUAGCCCUCUUAUAGCGAUCAACGAAAAACUAAAAAUCAUCCCAGCAACUCCCAAUUCUCAACAGAGGUGCGAGUAUAUAUAUAUA